AUGGUAUCACCAUCCUGCUGUUUGGAGUAUCGACCUACGGCUACGCUUUUGGCGAUUCUGCUAUUCAUUGUGUUUCCGUUCAUUUACAUGACAGGAAAGGUUGUUGGAACGGUGCUGGAAGUACUGUUACGAGUUCUACGAGGCUUGUGCAGGAUUUUAUUGUGGGACGAUGAAGACUAUGAUGAGGAAAAUGAGAAAAUGAGGCUUGAGCAACUGUAUAUAGAACAAGAGAAGAAGGAUGAACUACACAGACGUCACGACAAACGAGGGAGGAAGCGAGUUAACGGAACGGGAAAUGAAUGUGCUGCCAGGAGCACAAAGACAACGUCAUUGGUGACGAAGAGAAUCUUGUGCAGUGGUACAGCAGAGCGCGUGCAAUCUUCGGACAUCAGUGAAUCACUGAACUCCGAAUGUAAUACGGUAGAGCAAGGAGAAACGCCGCCGCUUGCUGACCACAGUGAGGGCAGUACUGUAGCAAAUGGUCACGCUCGUGUAUUACGGGGACUGGGUCAAGGAGAUGCUGAGGAUCCAACAAUAACCUAA